UUUUUUUUUUCUAAGUGUUGAUGCCGUCACUCACGGAACGAACUAAACUACAACACAGUUCCACGUUCUUCCUUGCAUGGUCACAGCCACAAGCUUCGCCAUGAAAUCCAAGCCUUACUCUCACCAUCACCACAGUCGCCAGAACUCAAAUGGUGCUGCCGGCUACGCAAGUGAGAGUAGCAACAGCGGCAGUAACUCGCCAAGUCCUCCUCCGUCGCCGCGCCGUCAUGCUACCGUCUCGCAUUACCGUCGUAGACUUCGUACUAAGACUAACUCGUUUUCACGCUGUGAUAACUUAGGCGUUAGUUUUCUUUUCCGGCGGAACUUCCGGUACUUGGUUCUGCUUUCUCUGCUGUACGUUUCGGGCCUGAUCAUGUGUGUGGGCCCCUUGUCUGGGCUUUUUGGAUUUCCUCCGGUUCCCGGGUCGGUUUAUAGAAGUCACGAGAUCUUUGAGAAGCUUUGGGAUGAUAUUCAGUUUGAUAAUUCUUCGGCCAUUGAUUUGUCCUCUGUGUGGAAAUACAAGAGACUGAAGAUGCAGAAACCCUGUCUAAAUUCAACUUCUGGACAGCGCUUUGGUGUAGAUGAAGUGUCCUGCAGCCCAAGUGGUUACUUGGUUGUUGAGGCUAAUGGCGGCCUCAAUCAACAGCGGUCUGCGAUCUGCAAUGCAGUGGCUGUAGCUGGAGUUUUAAACGCAAUACUUGUCAUACCUCGUUUUGAGUUAAACAGUGUUUGGAAGGACCCAAGUGAGUUUGGAGAUAUAUAUGAUGAGGACCACUUUAUAAACGCUCUUGAUGGCUAUGUUAAGGUGGUCAGAGAACUACCUGAUGUCCUGAUGGAAAAAUAUGAUUACAAUAUUAAUAAUAUUCCAAACAUUCGUGUCCAAGCUUGGGCUACUGCUAAUUUUUACAUCAGAGAAGUUUAUCCUGUCUUGAAAGAGCAAGGGGUGAUUCGAAUUGCCCCAUUUGCUAAUAGACUGGCAAUGAAUGUUCCACCUCAUAUUCAAUUGUUGCGAUGCAUAGCUAAUUAUAGAGCCUUGAGGUUCUCUUCACCCAUAUCAACACUAGCAGAGAAACUUGUUAAGCGAAUGAUUGAGAAAAGUUCAAAGACGGGUAGGAAGUAUGUUUCCAUCCACCUUCGUUUUGAGGAGGACAUGUUAGCUUUCUCAUGCUGUUUGUAUGACGGGGGAAAGGCUGAAAAGGUUGAAAUGGAUUCAUUUCGAGAAAAAUGGUGGAAGGGGAAGUUCAAGAGAAAAGAUCGUGUCAUUGUACCUGGUUUGAAUCGAGUAGAUGGAAAAUGCCCGCUAACCCCUUUAGAGGUUGGGAUGAUGCUACGGGGUAUGGGAUUUGAUAACAACACUUCGAUUUAUUUAGCCUCGGGUAAAAUUUACCAGGCAGAAAGACAUUUGUCUCCCUUACAAAAGAUGUUUCCCCUUCUUUAUACAAAGGAAUCUCUUGCAACCCCAGAUGAACUUGCUCCAUUUCAGGAGUAUUCUUCGAGGCUGGCUGCUUUGGACUACACGGUUUGUUUGUUUAGUGAAGUUUUUGUGACAACUCAAGGUGGAAACUUUCCUCAUUUUCUAAUGGGCCAUAGGAGAUUCCUUUUUGGUGGCCAUGCAAAGACUAUUAAUCCUGAUAAACGCAAGCUCGUCAUUCUACUUCAGAAUAUGAACAUCAGCUGGAUGACUUUCAAGGAAGAGAUGGAAAUAAUGCUUGCUGAAAACGAUCGCAAGGGAAUUAUGAUACCCAAAGUUCGUAAAAUCAAUAGAAAAACUUCCAUUUACACUUAUCCUUUGCCAGAAUGCCGUUGUCUUCAACAGUCAAAUAACACAAUAUUCAAUUUGACCAAUUCUGUAAACCUUCCAAAUUACGGGUAGAUUUCAGCAAGAUGACAAUCCAAUGUUUGCUGUAGUCAUCAAUCAUAUAAUUCCAUGCAGUUGCAGCUUCUGGCUAUACUGUUGUUUUCCCCGUGGACAGACUAGAUGCAGGUUUUCCAAUUUUGACAUGCCAGGAAUUCCUCAUCGAUCCCGCAAUAGCUCUUUUCUACUUGAUUCAGGUUAAUCCAGUGUGGAACUGCUAGUUGUGAUGUGAUCGCCAGACUGCAAAAUACUGUUUGGUGUGUGGUGCAGAACAGAAUUGCAUAUUGAGAAUGUAAAUAAUUCGUGCAUAUCAACUUACCAGCUUCAAGUGAUCGACCUAUGGAGUUCAAAAUUAAAUGCAUUUGCUUUUCCAGUUUGAAGGCUGAUUGUGACUCUUUUUUUUUUUUUUGUAAAAAAAUUAUAAACUACAGAUAGUUAGACGUGACUUAUCACAAUUUCAUAUAUCUAAGUAGCAAUCAUUUCCUCAAUCUAUUUGCCUUCUCUGCUUAUUUGCGAGCCAGGACUACAGGAUUUUACUGGUCAGAUUUUAUAAGAAAUUGAUCCAAUAAAAGUGCUAGAAUGAUCUGGGAUUAAUUCCUGUAUUUAUUUUGCUAAAUUUUGGUCUUUUAAUCAUCUGGACAAUUGAGUUUCUGUCUCCUAGGCUGACGGAUUUGGCUUGCAGCCGAUGGAGGAGACAAGACAUAAAGAUUUUCAACAGAUUCAACCUUUUAGUUGCAGAGCAAGGUGAUGCACUUAAAUGGAUACCACCAGGCGAGCAGCUUAUUAAGUUGAGCUCGAGCUUGCCCUUUUAUUUUGUUGUAAAGGUCUAUAAAUGUUAUGUACCUCACCGCAAUAUACUCAUUGCUUAACAUUUGUUGUUGGGUA